UCAUCUCACUCCAUUUUUCCCAAUUUACUCUCAAAACCCUUACACUCUACAUUCGAUCUAUACAUCUGCAAUGGCGGUUUCCAAAAUUUUCUCCAUCCUGAUCUCUGCAUUGCUGAUAGCCUCCGCUGCAUCGCAAUCGCCUUCCGUCGCUCCGUCUCCGUCGCCAGCUGUGAAACCACCGGCGCCUUCGCCUCUGGCGCAGCCGCCGAGUCACGCGAGCCCUAGCCCCGCCCCGGCAAUGUUCAAUGCUCCUGAGCCGUCGACCUCGGCGCCUGCUCCUUCUCCUUCCGGCGUAUUCUCGUCGCCAUCUCCUCCGCCGUCGACUACCUCACCCUCGUCAUCCGUCUCUGCGCCUCCGACCGCCGCUGACGCUCCUUCAAACGGUGCCGUAUUCAAUGGAGCGGGUUUUGCUGCAGCUGCAGUUGGAUUCUUCGCUGUCGUUUUGGCUGCUUGAAUGCUCAGAUUUAUUUACCCUUGCUAUAUGAUUUAGUAGUUUUUUAGGUUUUGAUUAUUCUUUUGUUAAUUUUUGCGCAUCGAUAUUUAUUUUAGGAUACUACUCUGUUAUUAAUAUUCAUUUUUAUUAUUAAUAUUUAUUUUUUUUAUAA